GGGUUUAAGAAUUUUACGGAGCAAAAUGGAAAUGGCGGGUUGGGCAGCUCUACCAUCCAAUAAUCCAAAGUUUACCCACACAUGGGGUCCCACAACCAGCCACCUCAUCACCAACGCCGCCGCUCUCCGCCUCGGAGACUUCCUCCACCGCCGUAUCCGCCUCACUUAUCUUCUUCAAACUUCUAUCAAGUCGCAAGGAAUUCUCGAAAUGCAAAGAUCUUAACCACCACUUUGGUUGCUGUACAGCAUAUUUAUUGUCAUGGUCAUGGGCCUAAAUUGAAGGAUGUUUGGCAUAAAUGGACCGUUCAUGUUACUGGAUUCAAUAUCCUUCAAUGGUCACAGGAUGUCUUAUCUGGCGCACACACGAACUUAUUAUUCUUCAAUGCUGAUGAAAGUAGAAGGGAAUUCAAACAAUUUCAGAAGUCAUCCUCAAAGUCGUCUAGAUCAUUCUUUUCUAGUGAAAGAAAAUGGACCAACAUAUUCCUUGCUCUUAACAUAUUGGUCUAUAUUGCACAAGUUGCAACUGAUGGAAAGCUUUUAUUUUGGGGAGCCAAGAUUAACAGUCUUAUUAACAAAGGGCAAUUAUGGAGGCUGAUUACUUCUUCAUUCUUGCAUGCAAAUAUAGGCCAUCUCUUGGUUAAUUGUUAUUCGUUGAAUUCUGUUGGACCUGGUGUUGAAAAAAUCAGUGGCCCUAGAAGAUAUGUUGUGUUGUAUUUGACAUCUGCAAUUGCAAGUUCAGCCAUGAGUUACUGGCUUAGCAAGGCACCUGCAGUUGGUGCCUCAGGGGCAAUUUUGGGAUUAGUUGGAUCUUUUGCAGUGUUUGUUUUGAGGCAUAGAGGCAUGGUAAAAGGCACUGAGGGGGAUCUUCGAUAUAUAGCAAAUGUGAUUGUUUUAAAUAUGGCUAUUGGACUACUGAACAAAGGGAUCGACAACUGGGGACAUCUUGGAGGCUUAAUAGGAGGAGGAGCAGUGUCAUGGCUUCUUGGCCCAGCGUGGAAGAUUCAAUCCAUCUCCAGUGAAGGCCGACGAGUUUUUGCUGACACGGCACCAAUUUUCUCUAUUAUUCAAACUAAAAGGGACAAGUCAUAAUCCCUACUAUUCAACUACUAGUGCGCUAGCUAACGUGACUCAAGCCUUGGCCACCUGCAAUUGUACUGAUUUUUCCAAUACAUACGAAAAAGUGGCGUCCAUUUAUUCAUACACUUGUGGUAAUGAUCCAGUUCACAGGUCUGUGCUGUAUAUAGUUUGCCUUUGAAUAGGGAAUAUGUGACCAGAAAAAUAAGGAGCAAAUUAGAGGUCACUUCCUGUCGCGUUCAUUAACUAUAGAUGGAGGCCUGAUAAGCUGUAUGGCACCUCUGUUUACCUGUCAUUAUAUAGGUUUUUAGGCAGAUGUCGAGGUUCUUGGUAAUCUAAUUUAGAUUGCUGUUGGUCUGUUAUUUAUUGUACACUUCACCAUGAGACUUUAAACUACAUCCAUUUGUAAAAUAAUCCAAUUACUAAAUGUUCAAUAUUUUGUUGA